AUGUCGAAAGUAUCGUUCUUCGGGCGUGUGUCAGGGGAGGAAGUGUGGGCCCAAGCCUCCGUGAGAGAGGCGGUCUUUGAGAGCCUGUGUGACCUCACGAAGCAUGCAGCUGGCAUGCGGUGGCUGCGCUACAACCCAACGUCUAAGCUCGUGAAGCUAGCUUUCCUCGCUCUCAGCGACAGCAGCAUCUUCGUCUGCGGCUCCGCCCAGCACUUCCUCGGCCGUUACCUAGGCGACGCGCACAGCAUCCAGGAGGCGGAGGAACUGCCGCCAGGUGGCGCCGCUGCGUUGAGCGACCCGGGGUUCUGCAUCCGCCAGCUUGUCGGAGUCGCGUUCGGCGAUGCGGCGGUUGCCGCGGCGACGCAUCGGCAGUACGACGGCUGCGAGCGGACGUGGAGAUCUGAGCGCGCCCGCACCAACGCGAUGCAGCUGCUGGUGCUGCUGAGUGAGACGGGUGCCGUCUCCAACCUUGUUGCCCUGCGAUGUGGCGACGCGGAGGCGCUGGCGACGCUCUACGACGCGGGAGACGCACGCGUCUGUGAGGCGUCGACGGGUCUCGCGGUCGCCAUGGCGACGGACGUGGCGGAGCUGCGGGAGUUAGCGCGAGGGUUACUGAGACGACGCGGGUUUACGCGGGCAGCACUGAUGCUGGCUGCAGCCACGAUGAGACGGUUCAGGCAUGGCAACACGCCAGAUUGGCAGGAGUUUCUCGACAUCAUGCUGGAACCCGUGUCUGUGAUGCUGAGGCAGCGCUCCUCCUCCGACGGUCGCCACGGCAACGACAAUGCGGACGCCCUGCUCCACAGUCUCGCUGCCGUGAAAUCCCUCGUAGCAGACAACAGCUGUCCACAGGCCACACACCGUGUCAUCCGCCGGCCAAUGAUGGACAUGCUGAAGCGCACUCUGGUGGCAGACGCGAGCGGCCGUUCGCAUGCACCCCCUGGUGACAGAGUGACAUCCGCGGCACUCGGGGUGGUAGAAGCGACGUUGGAUGGCUCAGUUACCGUGGCGAUGGACAACGACGAGGCGGAGGAGCUGAUUGUGAUGCUGUGUGGCGCCGCCGACAACCCGCAGCUGUCCUGCCCCCUGGUGGUGCAAGUCGUGCGCAUUCUCGGGCUGGCGUUGCUGGCUGUUGCGACAGAGCCAGCCAUCGCCGCGGAGUUAGAGGUGGCGCUGAUGGCAGCGGGCGACGUGCUGAACAAGCGUAGUCUGGACGUGCGUUGGGAGGUUCGUGAUUCGUGUCUCGCAUGUCUGUGUCGGCUCGCCGGCUGCUCCCCGCUCUCUGAUUGGCUGGUGCGAGGGCGUCUGCACGGCGUCUGCUACAGAGCGACGAAUGACGCGGAGAGCUACGUCCGCGCGACCGCGAUCGAGGCGACGGGCGCGCUGUUCAACGACGACGCACACAGCGGCGCCCUCUGGCGGGACUGCCACUGCGACCUGGCUGCGGUGAGUGAGGAUGUCGGGAAGAUUGCUGCAGGUGAGACUGCGGUGAGUGAGGAUGUCGGGAAGAUUGCUGCAGGUGAGGCUGCGGUGAGUGAGGAUGAGGAUGCUGGAAAAGCAGUCGACAACGGAGAGGAGGAGAUGAAAGAAGGAGACAGGAGCAAGGAGGAUGCAGGGGAGGGAGACAACGAUGGGGAGGGCACCGUCCUGGACCGUCUCUGUUCCAUCAUGCAGGCAGCGACCCGCGACCUUGACUGGGAGGUCAAGCUCACCGCACUCACCUUCUGGCGCGAGCUCGUUACCGACACCUUCACGCCACCAGGGGGCGCCGACGACGGCCGCACAUCGCCGACGCUCACCCCAGAGGGCGCCGCAGGAGCCUUCAGCGUCCUGGUCGCUGCUGGCUGCGUUCGCUCGCUGCUGGAGGCGACGACCGACUAUGACGACUCCGUCCAGCAGAGGGCGCUAGCCGACCUGCGCGCUCUCGGCGCACUCCUCGCUGGCAGGUCCGUCGCCACGGCGACGCCCAACUCUCCCCGCCUCCCGGUUGCCGGGGGCGACGAGGACGCGGGGCUGCUGAGGCUCGUGAUGGAGGCGGAGGGACGAUGGAGAGUGGAUGUUUCAGCUGAGACUGCUUACUUGAUGGUGCUGAGAGUGAUUGUCAGUGAGACUGCAUACUUUGAGUGUGGUGGGGUAGCAGUGGUCAUCUGGGCGUCAUCUGAGGUUGGAGAGUGA